AUGGACGUGGCCAGUCUACACAACAUCCUGCUGCACACAUUCAGCAAUGAUGAAGCCGCACGCAAAGCCGCAGAAGAGGCUGUUGCGAGCUUACACACUGUUCCUGGUUCGGUGCAGCUGCUUCUUCAGAUCACGGUUGAACAAAGCGUAACUCGCGAGAUCCGACAAGCUGCAGCUGUGUCGCUUAAAAAUCUUGUGCAAAAGUAUUGGGAAGGUGCUGAUGGACCCGAAGGUCAAUGGGUUCAGGUCAUUAGUCCUGCUGACAAGGUUUUAGGUCGUCAAAAUGGUCUCGAGGCGCUGCUUGUGGCCCAAGAUUCAAGCAUUCGUUCGCUUUUGGCCGAGACUGUUGCUUAUAUCGCUCGUUUUGACUUUCCAGAAUCGUGGCCAACACUGAUCGAUGAUAUCUGCAAGAAUGUCCAGAGUGGUGAUGCCAAUCGCAUCAUUAAUUCUCUGCUAGCUUUACGACGAGUGGUUAAGAACUUUGAAUACCGAUCUGAAGAGCGAUUAACCCCGCUUUUUACACUUGUAGAAGGCGUGUUUCCAAUGCUUCAGAACAUGAUGGUACAGAUGCAGACCAAUAACUCGAUUGAAGCGGCAAAUAUGAUGCAUCUCAUUCUCAAGACAUAUUGGUCAUGUGUCAAGACAAACUUACCUCCACACAUUGCACAGACGGAUCAAGUUGUGGCUUGGAUGAAUAUAUUUAGUAUGAUUAUCGCCAAACGCUUACCAGAAGCGAGUGAAGGUGGUGAACCUGCGGGUCAGCCCACAGACGUGGAAGAACGAAAUAAUUGGCCAUGGUGGAAAUUGAAGAAAUGGUCUUUACAGAUUCUAUGCCGAUUUUACACGCGCUAUGGUAAUCCUAAGAAAGCAGAGGAGGAAUACGUACAGAUGUCGACUGUAUAUCGCAAUCAGAUUGCUCCCGAACUUUUGCCAUGCGUCAUGGAAACGCUGGCACUGCGCAAGAAUGGACGAUUCUGUACGGAUCGUGUGAUACAGCUUGCACUUGUCUUUUUGCAGGAAGCCGUAGACUCGGCGGUGACGUAUAAGCUCAUCAAGCCGCACCUAGGGUUUUUGUUGUUUGAAGUUAUUCACCCUGUACUAUGUUUGACACCCAAGGAUUUACAACUAUGGGCUGAAGACCCACACGAAUUUGUCCGCAAAACAAAUGACGUAUUUGAAGACUUUCUCGAUCCAGUUUACGCUGCGUCUAAUUUGCUCGCGGAUUUGUGCACCAAACGUGGCAAAGAUUGUCUGAUGAACGUUUUGUCUUUCUACAACAACAUUCUCAAUACGUAUUUAACAAGUCCUGAUGACAAAAAGGACUUUAUCCAAAAGGAUGCAGCUCUUCACGCUCUGUUUUCGCUCGAUGGUGUGCUAACAAAGUCAAAAGCGCACAAGGAUCAAGUUGAGUCGAUGAUUGUGACACACAUUUUGCCUGAGUUUAAAAACCCGCAUGGAUUUCUACGAUUACGUGCUUGUAAGAUCUUCUCGCGUAAGUAUAUUGAAGGAAUUAAAUUUAAAGAUGAACAGACUUUAAUCAGUAUUGUCAACUAUAUGCUCGACGCGAUGUUUGAUCCGGAACUGCCCGUGCGUAUUGAGGCUGCCAAGACUAUACGCUUUGUCGUCAUGUAUCCACAUUCCGACACGGUUGUCAAAGUAUUGCGACCGCGAUUGCCGCAGAUUUUAGAACAAUUUUUUAGCCUUAUGGACGAGAUUGGCAACGACGAAGUCGUGGUGGCGCUCGAACACAUUAUUGACCGAUUCUCGUCGGAAAUUGGACCGUAUUCGCUUCAACUUGUGGCUAAAUUUGUGGAAUUUUUUGGCCAAUUUACUGCUGCAGCUAGAGAUGACGAGGAUGCAUCACUUGCAGCUGUGUCAUGUCUAGAUGCGAUCAAUACAAUUUUAAUGAGUAUCCACAAUCACCAAGAACUCUAUGCACUACUUGUACCAACGCUGGCACCAGUGAUUCGAACAAUCCUUACGGAAUUUGACUAUGCCGAAUACAUGGAAAGUUGCAUUGACAUUCUUGGGUCACUGGCAUUUUAUAGCCAUAAGAUUACUCCCGAAUUAUGGUCGCUAUUUCCGCUUAUUUUUGCAAGUUUUCUUGAUUGGGCAAGCGAUUAUAUAACAAAUUUUGUGCCUGUUAUUGACAAUUUUGUCGGUCGAGACAUUGAUGGGUUCUUAGCGGGUUCAACCACGUACCCGUUUACGCAGACUACUGUGAGGUAUCUUGAUCUUGUACUAGACAUGGCAAAAAGAGUCUUUGACAGUUCAAGCACACAGGAGGUUGAUCUUUGUGCGGCCUGUCGUCUUCUCUACUCGCUGUUACAUAAUUUGUUUGGUAAAAUUGAUGAGUGUAUUCCUUCUAUUACGUUGAUGGUGUGUAACAAGCUUGCGGAACCUUUGGUGGAUUCAACUGCUCGCAACUUGCUCGGCGUUUUUGGCAGUUUGCUCCACUAUAAUCCUGCCUUAACUUUGGAAAGUCUAACGCAGCUUGGGGCAGCGGACGGUGUACUUAAAAUCUGGCUAAGUGAUUUGUCUCGAUAUGACAAUUUCCUGGACCGUAAAUUGUUUAUUCUUGGUGCAAUGUCGAUCCUACGUGCGCCUGCUGACAAGAUCCCGGCAGCCUUACGUCCACACAUGAAGCAGCUUAUUCAAGCUGCUAUGAAGGUGCUGGCUGAGUCGAUUCAGAACUCGAGUCCAGGUGAUGAAGGCGAAGAUGUUGAUAACGAAGCUGAAGAAGGAGAACAGCUUGAAGAGCUGCUGGAUAAUGGUGGUUAUGCUUCAAAUGAGGAUGCUGAGGACGUUGUGGAUGAUCAGUACUAUGCUAUUUUACGCCAGCUGCGUGAGGAAGCGGAGGGUCAAUUUGGCAAUGACGAUGAAAGUGAUGACGAGUACAUUAGUCUAUUGGAUGAGGUGGACGAGGUAGAGUUUUUCUUGAAUUCUCUGCAACAUUUUGCACAGACACACACGGGGGAAUAUCAGGCGCUUGGUCUUGAGGCCGAUGCCACGACACAACAAGCUUUAAAGCUUUUUCAGGCAGAACAUGUGAAGAGAAAAGAAGCACAAAUUCAAAAGACUCAAGAAUAA